AUGGCAUUUUUCACCAAAUUGUUGACACUCUUAGGCUUUAAGAAACGUGAGGCCAAUAUACUAGUGGUGGGUUUGGAUAACAGCGGAAAGACUACUAUUAUGAACCACUUUAAGCCUCCAGAAGAGAAGACCAGUGAAAUCGUGCCAACCGUUGGCUUUAAUGUGGAAAAAUUUAAAAUUAAAAACUUAACGUUCACUGCAUUUGAUAUGUCGGGUCAGGGAAGGUAUCGCAACCUAUGGGAACACUAUUAUAAAGGCGUUGAGGGAAUCAUAUUCGUAAUCGACAGCUCAGACUCUUUGCGAUUAGUUGUGGCCAAAGAUGAACUCGAAAUGAUGUUAAAGCAUACGGACAUCUCAUCCAAGCCAUCGAUUCCCAUCUUAUUCUUUGCCAACAAAAUGGACUUAAAAGAGUCACUUUCGAGCGUCAAAAUUAGCCAAACUUUGGGUUUGGAUCAGUUCAAGAACAAGGCCUGGCAUAUACAGGCGUCAAAUGCAAUGACCGGCGAGGGAUUGAUGGAUGGGGUC